ACCUCCCUCAUCUGUCUAAUAACCUCAAAUUCUAUAAUUCUCAAGUUCUUUGCGUCUUUAUCUCCCAAAGUCUCCCCCUUUCCUCUAUUUUGGUGUAUUAAAUUUCUCUCUGUCUCUAUUUUUGGUGUAUUUGUUGAAUCUCUUUUUUGGAUCAGGUUGUCAUCCAUUUCUUUGCUUGAUUUUCUAUCUUCUAUUACCCCAGAUAGCGAAAAUUAUUCAUCGCCCAACAAAUUUUAGAACAAAUUGUUGCAAUUUUUGAACUGUAUAAUAAUCUUUACCAGAAACAGAAAAUGAAGGAGAACAAGGGAAACCCAUUGCACCUUUCUUCUUUGAAUCACAUCUCACUUGUGUGCAAGUCCGUUGAUGAAUCGACUCAUUUUUAUCAGAAUGUUCUUGGAUUUGUCCCGGUGAGGAGGCCCGGCUCAUUUACGUUUGAUGGAGCAUGGCUGUUCGGACAUGGAAUUGGGAUACAUUUAUUGCAGUCGGAAGAUCCAAAGAGUAUGCCUAAGAAGACUGUGAUUAAUCCCAAAGAUAAUCACAUUUCUUUCCAGGUAAUAGUUCCUUCAUCAAACAUGUAAUUUGUUCUUUUUCACGGCAUGUUAGAUAUUGUGAAUAAAUCAAUAUUGAAGUUGAUAAGAAAGGAUAAUGUGAAAAAAAAAA